AUGGACCAAACCAGCGGUGCCGAUGCGCUAAAAAAAGCAGCACCUAAGCUGCCGCUAUCAAAAGUUAAACGAAUUGCGAAAACUGAUCCAGAUUACACCAUCACCUCGCAAUCUGCAAUUGCAGCUGUAGCAUUCGCUACCGAACUGUUCGUUCAAGUCCUCACGGAAGAAGGGCUGGCCAGAUCACAGCUUGAGAAAUCAAGUGGCUCGAGGCUAACAUUACGCUAUGAGAAUCUUGCUGCAGUUGUUGCGAGCUCGGAGCGCUUUGCAUUUUUGUCAGAUGUUCUUCCAGAGACUCACAAUUUGGUGGCAUUGACGCGCGAAAAUAGAGUCAGAUACACAGCUCUGGCGCCUGGACAAAGUAUGCUGCCUUUUAGAGCUCGCGAGGAACCAACACAGGUCGAGAACGAGGAGGAAUCCGUGGAAGAAGAGCUGGAGCCGGAUGCAGAUGCGGAUGCUGAGCUCGAUGUGGAUAUGAACGGGGAAGUGGACUUUGACGACGAUUUAGCAGAACUGGGUUCAAGAGACGAGGCAGAAAUAAGGGCAGAGGAGGAGCCGGAGCCGGAACCUGAAUUAGAGCCGGAGCAUGAGCCUGAGCCAGAAGCGAACCAAGAUAUUCAGGCAAUGGACUCCGAUUUGGACGAAUAG